CGGAUCACAUCGCCGGAAGCAGGUUCAUAUCCCUACGCGAUAUAAUCCAUUUUGUUUGGAGGGAGAAGCCUGAGCGAAAAAGCCAGACGGUGAAAAUUUCCCCAACAUUUUGUCCAGGAUUCUCAGCCCGAAGGAACAAGUCAGGCUACUACUGUGAGUAGUAUAUACCGAGUGUUGUGAAACACAGUUGUGAGGAGGAGGAGGAGGGUGACACGUGAUUGUGUCCCCCAGGCUGAGAUUCCAGAAGGAGGAUAUAGUAUGCGGAGUGAGCCCCCACAACACCCCGGCAUGGAUCGGGACCCUGGGUAUGGCCAACGGCACACUCCCUUCUACUCCCAGCCUGACAUCAGGAUAUACGAGCUAAACAAGAGGCUUCAGCAGAGGACAGAGGAGAAUCUCAGAGAGGACAGUGACAACUUGUGGUGGGACGCUUUUGCAACAGAAUUCUUUGAGGAUGACGCGACGUUAACGUUGUCCUUCUGUUUGGAGGAUGGACCAAAGAGAUACAUCGCCCCCAGUAGCCCCCCAUUUCUUCAGGGGUGGCACUUUGAGGACGAGGGAGGCAUAAAGCAGUACACAAUCGGUAGGACGCUGAUCCCGCGGUACUUCAGAACGAUAUUUGAGGGGGGCGUGACGGACCUGUACUUCACCCUGAAGCACCCCAAAGAGUCUUUCCACAACACCUUCAUCACCCUGGACUGUGAGAACACCACCAUGACCACUCAUCAUGGCAAACCCACCUUUACAAAGGUGUGUACAGAUGGGAGGCUGAUGCUGGAGUUCACCUACGAUGACCUGAUGAGAAUUAAGAACUGGCACUUCGCCAUCAGACAGCACACAGAGAUGAUCCCUCGCAGUGUUAUAGCCAUGCACGACCCUGCCAUGUUGGAACAGCUGUCCAAGAACAUCACACGACAAGGUCUCACCAGCUUCACACUCAACUAUCUCAGGCUGUGUGUGAUCCUGGAGCCCAUGCAGGAGCUGAUGUCGCGGCACAAGGCGUACGGUCUGAACCCCCGCGACUGUCUGAAGACAACCCUGUUCCAGAAGUGGCAGCGCAUGGUCGCACCUCCAGCAAACACAGAACGUCCUCCCAGCAAGCGGAGAAAGCGGAAGGCUUCCCAGAGCGGCCAGGGCGGCGGCAACAGCAGUAAUAACCAGUCAGGGGGAGGGGGAUCCAAGAAGAAGUUCCCUACAGCAGGGCGCAAGCGAUCUGCAGAAAGCGACCUGGUCCUUCCUUUGGACGAGGACGUGAUGGUAGUGGGAGAGCCUUCUCUGAUGGGGGGAGAGUUCGGGGACGAGGACGAGCGGCUCAUCACCAGGCUGGAGAACACGCAGUUCGACGCGGCAAACGGGAUCGGGGACGACGAGUUCGGCGGCUCCCCCGCGGUCAACAACAGCUCGUGGGGGAACCCACCGACGUCCAACCAGGGCAAGGAUCCCAGCCAGAGCCACCAGGAGGACCCCGCCCACCAGCCAGCCCACCAGGACUAGUCCACUGUACAGUAGGGGUGGCUCAAUAGGUGGGAGGGAUUCUCUCAUCCUUUGUCCUAACCGUCUUGGAACGACAAUUUAAAGUUGGCUCUGACCCUCCCCAUUUGAAAUGGUGCACACUCUGACCGUCUCGUCCUUAACCAAUGUCUUGUAUUGUGGCAAAGGAGCACCUUUGAGGGAAAGUAGCUGGGUUGUUCUUCCAAGACUGUUAUAUUUUCUCCUCCUCCCUUGUACAUUGAAACCUCCCCUCUAUCAGCAAAUGUUGUUAGGGGUUCUCCCAGUCUAUCGUCAUGGAGACCAUCAGUAUGGUCAUGUAGGAUAGAUCACCAUAGGUUUCCAUGGUAACUCACCAUGGAGACCAUCACUAUGGUAACAUAGGGUAGGGUGUUAUGUGCAUUCCAGAUGACUAUCACUAAACAGCAAGAACAGGAUAUCUGACUUGAAUCAUUGUUUCUUUUCUUGAACAGUACAAUCAUACUUCAGUGGUCAUUUUGAUAACAACUCUUUUGAAAUGAAAAUGUGGUGUACGUUUGCCUCCUCAUUUUCAGUUUUGUUUAUUUGAGAAGCAGUUCCACCUUGAGUGUUUGUCCAUAUAGAUUUAAGCUUACCAAAUAUAUGGAUGAUAAUUUCAAUAUAUUUAUAAGUAUAUCAUUUUAUUAAUCAGUAGCUAAGCUUUUGAAUAUGUGUUUUUAUUGUCAAUAUACAUGAAAGUAAAGGUAUGUGGCAUAUUUACUUUUAUGCAAUUUCUUGUUGAGGUUUCUGUGGAAAUGUACGAUGUAAAAUGCAGCGACAGGACCAUUUGAAUCACAAAUCUAGCUAGUUUCUUAAGUGACAUACAAUGUAUAUGUUAUCCAACCAGACAAGUGUCAUCUGUAGUACACUGUACAGCACAGGACACUGUACAGCACAGGACAGUACAUGUGCUUGAUACAGGUCUCAACCCCAUUCAACCUGUAAAAAUGAACUGAAAAUAAGUUCACCUAGAGUUAUAGCAUAAUGUUUUAUUAUUUGUUGUCUCAUUGUUAACCACUGAUAACCAUCAACAUGCUAAGUAAGUGCAACUCUACAUGUAUAAUUUUUCAUCCAACAUGCUAAGGUUAAGUAUAACCAGUUUAGUCUAUGCUCAAGGUCAGAGAUUUAACCAAAAGGUCAUUCAGUGCAAACAGACUGUAUGUUACAGCAAGGUCAGAGGUCAAACAAUGUGUGCAUUUUACUAUUGUUUAUCAGUUCUGUACCAUUCCAUUGCCUUGUACAGGGUAUUUUAUUAGGUAUGUUUGAGAGUGCUUUAUAGAUUAGUCAUUAUUUAAACAUUAGCAUGAUGAUAGUGCAUUAUAUACUCCUUAUAUCGUAAGAAGUUUUGUGUAUGUACAAAAAAUGACAUAUCAGGACCCAGUAUUGUGUUAUUUAGGUUUCCUGUAUUCCUGUCUUGUGUUUACACAAAGGAAGAUCAAGGAUGUCAUAGGUUCACUACAUGACCAGUCCUCAUUAGAACUUUGGUUUGGGGGGGGGAGGGGGGAAAGAGCGCUCACGCCACCAUGCACCAAGAUUCUGCAAGGCCCCUCUCUUGUUGCCCCAUCCCCUUAAUCAGUAUGUGUACAGAUGCUAGUAAACAACAUGUUUAUCUAAAGAUACUAGUAGUGUCUGUUUUUAUGGAUUGGUUACAAACAAUCUUUGCCAUCUGCCUGUUACAAUGUACAUUUAGUACAUGGUUAUACAAGAACAUCAUUCAGUCCACGGGGGCAGAAGUAAGGUUGUUAGGGAUUAUGUUCCAAAUUUGACAAUAGUUGUCUUAAUAGUUAUAUUACAUGGCAGUGCCAAACAACUCGCAUAUAUCAUGUGUAUGAAGCUUGGUCCUGGACAUUUUAUAUUAGCUAAAGGCAAAAUUUGACAAGUUGUCACCAGCCUGGAACUGGAUGUGAUGCUGAUCAUUUGUAAAGACUUGCCAACAUUAAUUAGUAUUACAGUUCAUUUCAUAUUCAACCGUGCAACAGACAUACAUGUAAACACAUGCUAUUACGAGUUUUUGCAGAAAUGGCACUGGGGUGAGUAUUAACAAAAUACUCAAUCACGGAAUUUUUUCAGUCUUGGUGGAGUUUGUUAGCUUUAUGUAUCCCUACAAACUUGAAUUUUGUAACAGCUUUGUAAACUUAAAGACUGGAGGUCAAUAGCAGCAUUCUAACAAUUGCUACCAACUGUCUGCCUAAAACCUGCUGUUGCAAGAAAACUAGUCAACCUAUCAGAUUAAUUUCUGAGAAGUUAUAAACCAACCAAUGUGAUUGAUUCUGAUCAGCUUGAUACUCCCAAUUCCACAGCCCCUCCAAAACUUAGAAAUUCAAAACAAAAGCUCAGAAAUGCAAACGUGAUGCUGCCACACUCUUAUUGGUUAAGCUCAUUUUGAUUGGUCUUUUUGCACUUUUCAAACAUUUAGUUUUGUCACUCAUGGCUUAUUUUCAUGGAACAGCUAUUCUGUAAUUGUAUGUUUUGGCCAACUUAUUAGGGAGAAGUAGACCAUUAAAGGAUCAAUGUACUUGUGCAUUGAUGUUAAUGUUUUCACCAAGACUGUUUCAAACUGUGAAACCAAAAUGUAAAUAGAAGCAUGUUGCCAUGGCAACCAUACUGAGAUGCCAUUCAGUAGGGUGACUUCACAUGAGGGAACGGCCCCCAGGGUGGUUGGUUGGUUGAACACAGAAGAGUCAGACCUGUAGGUUUGCAGGUGCUUAGUUCAUGAUUAAGGUGUGUACAUUACAAAUUUAUUUGCCAACUUCCACGGUUUAACCAACCAUCCAUCCAACAUGGCCGGGCAGUACUUGUGUCGUAGUCACCCUACACCCUUGUACAGUAUCAGUGGCGGGGUUGACUGCAAAGAUUCAUAACGUGGGUGCCAAAACUGAAGUUAGGAUUGAUGAACGAUUAAAACAUGAAUUAGAUAAAAAGACCAGUUAACAAAUACCAUCACUGACUUGAAAAGGAAUUAAUUUUGUGCAGUAUCUGGCAUGAUUAAAUUUUUAAGUCAAGCUAAUUGUUAAUGCACAUAAAGUCGAAGUCUAGAUUUUAGAAUGUUUUUUGCCUUCACCUUAUGAAUACCUUUGCGGUCUUCCCCAAAUGUAAACAUAUGUAUGUUGUAGGCUUGUCCAUAGCUAGACUAGGAGCCGUCACUGAGGUCAACGUUUGGGUCUCUGAUUGUUGAAAAACAAAAAAGGAUACCCACAGUCUGAAAGUUUAAAAUAUUGUUAAGGAAGGAAAAAAUGUAAUAUUCUGACGCUGUUAAGAGACAAACUUGGUAAAGGUACUCAUGUCUAAAAUUAUUGUUAUAACCUGAAAUAUCGUAACUAAAGGAAAUUUGUAGGAGAGAUGUUGGGUUGCACCUUCCUUUCAAUGCCAAGUGUUUGGUCACAGUUUGGAGAAAUCAGCAAAAUAUAUGACGUACAAAAACAUGCUACAAGUAUGUCCACUCUUUAGUAUCAUUGCAACAAGACUGAAGACUUUGACCUGCCAGUGGGGUUCAUGAUACAAGUAGUUUUGUACGGUUGGACUUUGUAUAUGUGAAUAUGUAUUUUGUGGUUGAAUGACCAGUAUUUUCUCUAUUUGGCCAUACUGGCCUUUUUUUGCUUCAUGAAAAAACAUCCAAUAAAAAGCAUGAUUCCAAA